ACAAACUAACAGAACAUAUCAGAUCUAUACAAAGAUUAAGGAGAAAAUAAUGAAUUGACCAACGAACACAGAACCUACAUAUUAAAGGGUAGUUCUCUUACUUGGCACCACCAUAAUGGGUAAGAGCAUGUUCUUUAUUUCUCUCUCUAUAUUCGUUCUCUCUCUACUAUCAACCCCCACAUCUUCAAUCUCCGCCGUCCAAUUUCCGAUCAACGUCUGGCCCAAGCCCAGAACCUUCUCAUGGCCCCACCCACAAGCCAUCACUCUCUCUCCACUCUUCACCAUGUCAUCCCCAGACCACCCAUACUUAACUCCAGCCGUUAACCGUUACCUCCGUCAAGUCCUCACCGAGCACCACGUACCCCUCGUCGCCCCCGCCGUCAACUCCACGUCAUCAACGCCUUUACAAUCCCUGAUUCUCAGCGUCACCGACCUCACUGUUCCGCUACAUCACGGCGUGAACGAGUCGUACACCCUCACCAUCCCGGCCGUCGGAUCGUCCGCCAAUCUGACGGCCGAGACGGUGUGGGGCGCCAUGAGAGGGCUCGAGACGUUCUCGCAACUCGUUUGGGGCGACCCGGCACGAGUCGCGUCCGGGUUGUUCGUCUGGGACAGGCCCAUUUUCGAGCACAGAGGUGUGAUGUUGGACACAUCGAGAAAUUACUAUGGAGUUGGGGAUUUGAUGAGGCUGAUUGGGGCUAUGAGUGAGAAUAAGCUCAAUGCUUUCCAUUGGCACGUCACGGACUCGCAUUCGUUUCCUUUGGUUUUGCCUUCGGAGCCCGAUCUGGCGGCCAAGGGAUCGUACGGUGCCGGAAUGCAGUACUCGCCGGGGGAUGUGAAGAAGAUAGUGGAAUUUGGGUUAGAACAUGGGGUUAGGGUUAUGCCCGAAAUCGACAUGCCAGGACAUACAGGAUCAUGGGCUGAAGCUUACCCUGAGAUUGUCACAUGUGCAAACAUGUUCUGGUGGCCUUCAGGAAGCAAAUGGCCUGAUCGACUUGCAUCUGAACCGGGAACUGGUCAUCUCAACCCCUUAGAGCCCAAGACUUAUGAGGUUGUCAAAAAUGUCAUUCGUGAUGCUUCAACUAUGUUCCCAGAACCAUUCUACCAUGCAGGGAGUGAUGAGAUCAUCCCGGGAUGUUGGAAAGCUGAUCCAUCUGUUCAGGCCUACCUAUCAAUAAAUGGAACCCUUAGUCAGCUCCUUGAAACGUUUAUUAACUCUACUUUACCAUACAUUGUUUCCCUAAACCGCACUGUGGUAUAUUGGGCAGAUGUUUUAUUGGAUGCCAAUGUAAAGGUGAGCCAAAAUCUUCUUCCCCCAGAGAAUACCAUUCUACAAACAUGGAAUAAUGGUCCAAAUAACACUAAACGAAUUGUUACUUCUGGGUACCGGGCCAUUGUCUCUUCUUCAGACUUCUACUACUUGGAUUGUGGACAUGGUGGUUUUGUUGGGAAUGACAGUCAGUAUGAUCAACCACCGAGUACUGACCAGGGGAAUGGCGGGUCAUGGUGUGGUCCCUUCAAAACAUGGCAAACCAUAUAUAAUUAUGAUAUAACGUUCGGGUUGAGUAAGGAGGAGGCCAAAUUAGUAUUAGGAGGCGAGGUGGCACUGUGGUCCGAGCAAGCAGAUCCAGUGGUAUUGGAUUCACGUGUUUGGCCUAGAGCUUCAGCAAUGGCAGAGGCAUUAUGGUCGGGAAACCGUGAUGAGACGGGCAUGAAGAGGUCUGCUGAGGCAACGGAUAGGUUGAACGAGUGGAGGUACAGAAUGGUAACCAGGGGAGUUGGAGCUGAACCUCUUCAACCACUUUGGUGUGCAAGGAACCCAGGCAUGUGUAACACAGUUCAGGGCCUUCACGCAAUUAUUUAGGUUUUUAUUUGUUUGUGUUUGAUACCCUAUUAGUUUUUUACUUUAAUAUUGAAAAUUGAGAUACAUGGAGAACGAUUUAUUUGUACCUCCAUGUUGAUUUAAAACUAGAUUUUUUUUUUUUUUUUUUUUUUUUCAAUAACAAUAAAAUAACACUAAAGAUUUAAUUUAUUGGAGAAA